AUGCUCCGGAAUAACCAUUCAUCGAGGAAGCGGGCAGCAUCAGAAGAACCAGACGAAUACGAAAGUGAACCGGAAAUAUCCAUUUCCUCGUUAGAUAACGCGACGAAGAACGAGGGUAUGAUAGGGAAGAGAGCUCGAAUAGACAACGAAUCGACGAAAACCAGAGAGGACAACAGCGAAAGUUUUGGGAAACCAGAAGCGGCCGAAUACCUUUGGGACCUGGUAGGGAAGAACCAAUCGAGUGAACCGAGCUAUAACCAAUUCGAUUCUGGGACGAGCUGGGGAUACGACACCGAAGAUAAUCCGAAAUGUGGUGCUACUGGAGAGGAUAAAGGAGACGGAUGUCUGGAGGAUUCCACCUUCGGGCCUUCGGAGGAGCUCCCAACAGCUAAUGAAAUAAUAGGCGAAUCGAUUGCGACCCGGCGCUACAAUGCAGAUGGACUCACUGAUCCUUCCACAUAUCCCAAGCCGCCAACGUUUAAGACUACAGAAGAUUUAGAGAUUCGUACGUCUUACAAACCCACCAAGGAUGUGGGUUGGAUGAUGGGACAAAUGGGCCUCGAGUGA